UGAUGUACGAGAUCUUAAAAUGCGCAGGAAGCCGCGCGUGUGCUUGGCAUGUUUAACCUUUUUCAUAUGAAGGUGCAGCCAGUUCUUCUUGUUCUGGGAUUCAAGAAUGCCCCACGGACAGAAACCCUCAUUCACUCUAUUCCCGUGGAUGUGUUUUAUCACGUUCCUUUAAAAGACAUACUCACAGGGCGGUAAUUGGGAGCAGCUCACUCAGGAUUAUGUUCACUGAUGACGCUUCAUCGCAAUAAUGUGGUUGAGCAUUAAACGUGUUUAGCAGCCUAUCGCGAUGGAUAAAGGACGCAAAAAGAAGUUGACGUUUAUUACCAUCGGAUUCAUCUUCCUCUUGAGCGGCGUGGAAUAUGCGGUGAUACUGCCCACAAUAUGGAAGUAUCUGCAAACAUUAGAUGCACCACCGUACUUCCUGGGUCUGACCCUAUCAGCGUUCAGCCUGAGCGGCCUCCUGUCAGGGCCGCUGUUUGGUCACUGGUCAGACAGAACGCGAACCACCAAGAAGAUAAUCUUGUUUUCCAACCUUUUUGAGAUUGCGGGUAACUUUAUGUACUUUAUGGGCUUCUCCAAGUGGCUCCUGCUGUCGAGCAGACUGGUGGCAGGCAUUGGCACAGGCGCUGGCUCGUCCAUCUUCGGUUUCCUGACCAGAAGCACACUCCCAGAGGAUCGCUCGACUGUGUUUGCCGCCGUCAUGGUGUGUCGACAAGUGGGCCUUCUGAUUGGUCCAGCAUUUAACAUCUUCCUGCGACUAUGUGACUUCCGUCUGGGUCCCUUUGUGGUCAAUACCUACACAGCACCUGGGUUGUUCAUGUGUUUACUGUGGAUUCUUCUUCAACUGGCUGUGGUCUUUAUGUACUGGGAUCUUCCACCUCUGGAAAGGGGGAAGGACACUCCUAAAGCUCCACACAGUGUGUCUGAGAACGAACAAGAGACCGAAGAAGAUGAGGGCAAGGAUAAUGAAGAAGGAAAGCCACUAAUGCACUCCCAGGAGCUGGUGGGAUCCUACACCUCAGUGGUUGCUUCCGACUCACACAGGAAUCGUGCUGCUCCGAUUUCCGAUCCAACCCUGAAUCAUAUUUCACCUUCUCCCGGGCCAGCAGAGUCACAGGAAUCCCCAAGUCCCUUUAAGAAUUUCAGCCUCUCUCGUGAGUUCCUGAGAGAGGAGGUGGUUGUGCUGCUGGCUGCUCAGUUCAUCACCCUCUUUAAUCAGACCGCACUGGAGACUAUGGUGACUCCACUGACACAGAAGUACUUCAACUACGGGGAGCUGGAGAACAGCCUCAUGUACUGUCUUUGCGGCGUGGAGGUGAUCGCUGGCUUCCUGUUUGUGCGCUGGCUGAGCCGGCGUGUUGCUGAGCGAGUGAUUCUGGCUGUUGGCCUCAGUAUUUGCAACAUUUCCUGUGUCUGGUGCCUCAUCUUCGUGGCUAACCCGCUAGGUGGUUUCCCGUGGCAGCUGACAGAGUUUAUCAUAGGCGUAUUUCUUCAGGUUCUGGGUCUGCCGUUUGUAGCGGUUGCCCAGAUUUCCCUCUUCUCCAAAGUCACUUCUGAGGAAACGCAAGGUUUCAGUCAGGGGGUACGUCGUUCGGUUGGAGGUCUUGCUACCAUCCUGGGUCCGCUGUGGGCUGGUGGCCUCACGUACAACUUGUAUAUCAUGAUUGGGGUCAUGAUGGCGCUGCUGGUACUGCUAACGGUGAUGCUGGCCUUUUCGUACAAGCGGCUGGUGGAACCUUCUCAAGAGGAGGAAACGGAAAGCAGAGUCAGCUGUUAAUCCAGUUGCUAUGGAAGGUUGGUUGGUCAUUCUAAAAAUAUCUUAUUUCUAACAGACACAUUGGCAACACAAUUGCAAAAUAUACAGUGGUGUGGAAAAGUGUUUGCCCCCUUUCUGAUUUCUUACUUUUUUGCAUGUUUGUCACACUUAAAUGUUUCAGAUCAUCAAAUACAUUUUAACAUUAGUCAAUGACAACACAAUUGAACACAAUAUUUAGUUUAUAAAUGAAACUUUUUCUCAAGGGAGAAAACAAAUCCAAAGCUACACGGUCCUGUGUGGAAAAGUGAUUGCCCCCUAAACCUAAUGAGUGGUUGGGCCCCCCUUAGCAGCAACAACUGCAAUCAAGCGUUUGUGAUAACUUGCAAUGAGUCUCUUACAGCGCUGUGGAGGAAUUUAGGCCCACUCAUCUUUGCAGAAUUGUUGUCGCUCAGCCACAUUGGAGGGUUUUCCAGCAUGAAGCGCCUUUUUAAGGUCAUGCCACAGCAUCUCGGCAGGCUUCAGGUCAGGACUUUGACUAGGCCACUCCAAAGUCUGUUUGAUGAUCUGAAACAUUUACCACUGUAUUUAGUUUUUGAUAUUGAGUUUUUUUCAAGCUAUAUUUUCUUAGUGUUUUUCCGUAGGUUUUAGAAGGUGUUGCAGGAUGUAAAGAUCAGCCUUUCUGCUUUUUAUCAAUUUUUUUUUUUCCUGCUUGGCACCUCAGGACUCAAGGCUUCCUUUUUGUGUUUGGAAAGCGUUGCACACUAAUGAAGGUGGGAGGACUGUUAUGGUGAAUAUGGAUAUUUCCCAUGGAAAUAUGGACUCCAACUGACAUAUUUGUCCAAUUGUAGGAUGAUUGUUUUUUCAUUGUGUUUUUUUGUUGUUGUACCAACAUAUUUUUUUCAGUGCACACGUUAAGCUAUUGAAUUUACACGUUCAAACUUGCAGUUAUCCACUCACAAGGGGGAAAAAAAAGAAAGAUUUUUGAUGUUAACACUAGAGGGCGCGCGUGGACUUCUAAAGGAGAUGACUGUUGCACUGGCGUGUCUUUUAUCUCUGCCAGGAAUAAUAGUGAUUUAUUUAUUUACAGUCAAAUGUUCCACUUUUUGCUGUUGUUAUUUUAUGUAGUAAACAUUUGCUUGUUCAGUUAAAUUUGCCAAAUGAAGUCUGUUAAUAACAAAACCAAAAUACGUUCCUCGUGCAGCCAUUGCAUGUUCUUUUUUUGUCUUUUACCCCCAAACAUGAAUAGUUCAUUGAAAAAGUCAUGAAAAUAUUUAAAUGCUUUCACUAAUUUUGAUAUAACAAUUUGCUCUUAAUGUUCUUUUGACUGAAAGGGUAAUGUUACAAUAAAUUAUUAAACGACACAUGUCAAACGUCA